UCCUGUAAUAUAUAAAUUAGUGUGUACGUCCAAGAAGUUUACAGUUAUAGUACAAUAAUGAUAAUUAUUACCUCGUAGUGGAUACUUGUACACGAAAGAGAGUAUUUACUGAGCGCAAAAUAUGGCUAAAAGCAUUGUAGUGACGUAUAUUCUGUGGUUUUUCUUUGGUUGGACCGGUCUUCAUCACUUCUAUCUUGGCCGCGAUCGGCAAGCAUUUGUUUGGUGGUCUUCGUUUGGCGGUGGUUUUGGAAUGGGUUGGCUUCGUGAUUUAUGGAGAAUACCGUCUUACGUUGCCGACGCAAAUGAAGACACCGAAUUCAUACGACAUUUCGUGGAGGAAAUGCGAUACCAUGGCACACCCCCUUUCCACGGCGGUCGGUUCGCUGCCAAACUCUUCAUGGGUUGCCUUCUUGGUUAUCUCGCAAUGUUGGCCGUCCCUGAAGAGUUUGCCGAGAAACACACAUAUGUACGCGUUCUUCUUGUGCCAGCAGCCAUCGCUAUUGGCGUGGACAUCGUUGCAAAUAUUGGGAGAAGAACCACAUCGUUCAAAUAUGUUUUACUUGCGGCAUAUGCCAUGUCUAUUUUUAUUUUAACGAACCCUAACACAGUCGUUCACACAACAAUCGUUUGUGCAUUUGUCGCACAAUAUUUCCAAAGAUACCGACAAGUUGUGCCUAAAAAGAAAAACAUCUGUAAGCGAAUCACAAUUUUAGGAGUUGGAGUUUCUAUUGUCAGCACAAUGUGGGUGUUUUUUCUUCUGUAUAAUGUUUCCAUAACAACCAGUGAUGGAGAACAGGUAAAGUUAAGUGAGGCUCUUCAUCACUUUUACCAUUCUCCCGCCUGGAUGAAGUUCAAAGAGAACCUCUAUCGACUUUAUGAGCAAGGAAGAACACAUGGAUGGAAUAAAAUGUAUGAGGAGUUAGUGGAGUCUCUGGAUCCGUUGGGAGAAGACAAUGCUUAUCGCGUUCUCGAACUUGAUCGAGGGGCUACGCAAGAAGAGAUCACAAAACGGUAUCGUAAACUAGCGAAGGAAUGGCACCCCGAUCGAAACAAAAAUGAAGACAAGGAUAAAGCGGAAGCAAAAUUCAUUGAGAUUCAACAAGCUUAUGAAACACUAUCCAAUAUCAAAUCACGGAGAGCAAGUAAAAACAAAAGAAGUCGUGAAAAGGGAUAA